UUCCUAGAUAGCGCGCUAUACGGCGAUUGGAGGCUAGUACGUAUAAAAAGAUCUUAUUCACCGCAGACCUCUCAUUUACGUCACACACUGACAUCGUUCACGUUUGACAAGUCAGCACUAAGGUUUCAAGAUGAGUUCCUCGCCUGAUUCAAAAGACAAGAGCUCCCCUAGUGGGGAUAGCUGUUCCUGUUCGUGCCCCUCCUCCUCCUCCAGUGGGGGGUCGUCCUCUUCCUCGUCCCCGCCGUCGGUCUCGCCGCCGUCGUCGUCCUCGUGCUCGUCUAGCAAGCUUCCAAGAGAUGGGACAUUUGAACUAGGCGUGGCUCAAGCAGGAACGCUGGCGGUGCUUGAUGAAAGACAGAUGAUAUAUGUGCCCGCUAUGGAAGAAAUGAAUGGAAAAAGAUACGAAAACAAUGUUGAAAACAACAAGGAAAAAAAACAACCUUCGUGUAUUCUAAUUUAUUCAGUUAAUUUAAAAAUAAUAAUAUUUGUUUUACGUAAAUGUUUGUAUGGUGUGGAGAUCACAUACCUAUUUUAGAGUGUAUUAUAUUGUCGUCCUAUUUUUCUCUUGUAAUAAAUCAAUUAAAAUUC